AUGGACCACCUGCUCAAGAAGGAGUCGGCGGGCACUUCGGGUCGCGCGGUCAAACACAGGGCCGUAGGCUCGGCGGGAAUGGACCAGGACUUGAAGGACCUGGCGGUCAACGCGGCCAAGUGCGUGGUGGGCCUGGACGGGUCCAACAGGCGCAUGCAGGGCGUCAUCGGGCAGGUGGCGAUCGUGAUGGAGCAGCACCCGAACCUGGAGCCGAUCAGUACAGGGACGAAGCAGUACGACGACGAGAAGAAGGCGGCUGCGAGCUCGGAGGACAUCGCGGCACUCGUACCAGCUCAUGUCCGCGCGUGGGUCCAGCUCGUGACGUGCGUGAAGAGAGACGCGUCGGUGACGUGCGUGAAGAGAGACGCGUCGGUGCCCAACGAGAAGAUGUCGGCGCUGAUCGCGUACCACAGCAACGCGGCCGACCUCGAGGUGAUCCGAGAGCACGUCCUCACGUGCCACCAGAAGAAGGUCACGAACGAGAUCAUGGCGCCGAUCGCGCUCAAGCCGGGGGUCGAGAUCAAGCGCGGGGCUCCGCCGCGCAACCCCAACAUUCGCAAAGUCGUG